AUGCCCUUUGCCCGUUUGCGUUUCGGGCCAGUAAUUAACUCGGCAGGACACGCACCGUCCCCGAGCACACUCCAGCACACUUCGGCAGAGUCCGCGAGAAAGACGAAGAGCAAACUCGGCUGUCAACAAUGCAAGACAAAGCGUGUCAAGUGUGACGAAUCCUAUCCGACAUGUCGGCGGUGCGCGCGUCUAGGUCUGAUCUGCCUACCUGCCCCACGCCUCACACAGUGGCAAGUCGAGACGCCUUGGUUCUCGCUGCAACCUACGGCAAUUAUUAAUCGACGAUUGCUACAAUACUGGCUGGAGAAAGUCAGUCAGAUGUUGGUGAUUGACCCUGAGGACAACCCGUUUUCAUUCCCCGCCUUGGAAUAUAUUCCCCAAUCACCUGCACUUGUUCAUAUCAUCCAAUCGCUCAGCGCCAGCCACGAAAAAUAUUUCUCUGCACACAGCCCCAUCAUCGCCCUCGAGGAAAGAGGCAAAGCCCUUGUUUCCCUUCGGAAGGAGGUAGAGCAGAACCAGCGCAAGCCACAAGCAUUUCUUCUUACCACUAUGUUGCUGUCUUUGGCGCAAAGCGCCGAUUGUGACAUGAAGGAUUACGGCAAGCAGCAUUUGUUUGCGGCUCGAAAUUUAAUCAACAGGAUGCUCCAGAACGCCUCUGACCUGGUUAACGACCCUCUAGCCCGGCUCUGUCUUGGGAUGUAUCUUUACUGGGAUAUGUGCAGCGCGUUUUUGGUAGACCCGGAAGAAGACCAAAUUAUCGAUUCGCUUAAUAUGUCAAUUGCGAUCCACAAGAUGGGUAACUGGCACCAUCCAAUGUACGGACCGUGCACCGGCCUUCUUUUCAUAUUGGGAAAUGUGGGAAGAUACUGCCGGCAGAUUCUAGAUUCUAGGCACCGCAAUUUCACCCAAGAAGCCAUAUUUGAGCAACAGCUCUACUGCUGGCAGGCGUGUCCUCCAAACAUUAGCCUAGGGCAUCUAUACGAAGCAUUUCGCAAAUAUGGCCUCAUUUUUCUUUAUCGAGCCAGUGGUCAGAACAAUCGUUUCACGAAUCCGGAUAUGAUGUUCCAAAAUCAGCAAUCCUUGAUUCAGAAAUAUGCCGAAGACACUGUCCGCCAUCUUAUGCAGAUACCAGCAACCUCAAAUUACCUUAAUUUCCAAUCACUUCUUCUCCUUGCCACUGGGGCUGAAUUGGCUGAAUCAAAUAACUUCCUGCGAGAUGAAGUUCGCGAGAGACUUCGAGCCAUGUAUUCGCUGAACCGGCUUCCUACCAAUCUUCAUGCUCUUCAACUUCUCGAAGAACUCUGGUGUGCACGAGAUAACGGCAAUACAUCAUUCUGGCUCCAGUACAUGCUGCAAAAAGAUUGGUAUCUGCUUUUAGGAUAA